CAGACUUCACUACUGUCACUUGAUCUGCUUCACCAAUAUAACUCUGGCCUUCCUCCACUCACUGUGUAAGACUGAACUGGCUGGAGGCUCUGCUGUUAGUUUAGUGUCUGUCUGUGGAGUUGGUCGUACUCUCGGAGGCUGUGAGGAUGUCGGAUCAGUCAGUGUUUGAUGUGGACGUUUGGACCCUGACGCGGUUCGUGAUGGAGACCGGCCGCCAGGCGAAAGGGGCCACCGGUGAACUCACACAGCUCAUCAACUCCUUGUUAACCGCAAUUAAAGCCAUUUCAUCUGCUGUCAGGAAAGCUGGAAUCGUCCACCUUCAAGGCAUCGCGGGACAGGUGAACGUGACAGGAGACGAGCAAAAGAAGCUGGAUGUGCUUUCUAAUGAUCUGAUCAUCAAUAUGCUGCAGGCUUCCUACGGCACGUGUUUAAUGGUUUCAGAGGAAAACAAGGACGCCAUUUACACGCCUGCAGAAAAACGAGGCAAGUAUGUAGUGUGUUUUGAUCCCCUGGAUGGCUCCUCCAACAUUGACUGUUUGGCCCCCAUUGGCACCAUCUUUGCCAUCUACAAAAGAGUCUCAGAUGGAGAACCGUCAGAAAAGGAUGCUCUGCAGCCUGGGAAUCAGAUUGUGUGUGCGGGCUAUGCUCUUUACGGCAGUGCCACACUGGUGGCUCUCAGUACAGGAGCUGGAGUCAACUUCUUCAUGCUGGAUCCAGCGAUUGGAGAGUUCAUUCUGACGGACAGAAACGUGCAAAUCAAGAAAAAGGGGAAGACGUACAGCAUCAACGAGGGCUACGCUAAAUACUUCGAGCCUGCGGUCAAUGACUAUUUAAAGCACAAGAAAUACCCAGAGGACGGCAGUGCCCCGUAUGGUGCCAGGUAUGUUGGGUCGAUGGUCUCUGAUAUACACCGCACACUCGCCUAUGGUGGCAUAUUCAUGUAUCCUGCCAAUAAAAAGAGUCCAAAAGGAAAGCUGAGGCUGCUGUACGAGUGUAACCCCAUCGCCUUCCUGAUCGAGCAGGCUGGAGGAACAGCCACCACGGGCACUCAGCGCGUCCUGGAUGUCCUUCCUGAAACAUUGCACCAGCGGAUGCCUUUUGUGGUGGGAUCUUCAGACGACGUGGAGGAAUACUUGUCCUUUGUCAAGAAACAUAGCAAAUAGAGAGAUUUAAUCCAUUGAAAACACAUGUGACACUGAGAUAGCGUACAGAACAUCACUGUAGCUUUUUUUUUAAUAGUACAAGGAAUUCUUUUGUAAUCAAAAUCACAUUAAAAAUCCAAAAUCAAACAAAAAGUGCUUCAGAGGUAAUUAAUGUGUCUGUGCUCUUUGGGUAAGGGAUAUAUAAAGAUAAACAGCAAAAUUAUAAGUCCAAGCCACUCGAAAAAAGUAAAAAAAACUUUAUUAUUAUUAUUGAAAAUUAUUAUUUGUUACCCUGAUGAAGGCAAGUGUUUGCUGAAACAUGUUGUUUCAACGGAAUAGCCAUGUUAAUAAAGACUUUUUAAAUAA